AGGGAUGCAUGUCCUGUUACGAAGUGGAGGGAGACUGCUUCGGGGGUGUGUGUGUGUGUGUGUGUGUGUUGUGUGAAAGAGACCGUCGGUGUGUAGCUUUGGUUGCAUCAUUCGGUCUCUGCCGACAAAACAACAAGGAGAUAAAGAGGAGGAGCAAAGAGGGCGGCAGCUGUUGCUUGUCCCUCCCUCAGAGCAAUCUAUCUAUGCAUCUUUAAAGAUCACCACCUCACUUGGUCUCCUCCUCUUCCUCUUCUUCUUUCCCUCCUCUUUUUGGUUCCUUAAACCUCCCACUGCUUCCUGUUUUGGUGGGCUGCACAGUAUAUAAUGGACGCCUCCAAGAAUUCCUCCUCUGCUGCCACUUCUUUGUUGGGGGACUUCACUCCAGGGGAAGGAGGAGAGGAUGGAAGCCUGGAAUGGCUGUCCAUAUAUGUGGAGGACUGCCUCUCGAGCGCUGCCACAUCCUACACCACUUUUGACCCACUUCCAGCUUCAGCACCCCCGCAAACCCCAAAUCCCAAGCCUGCCUUCAAAAGCCUCGCAGUCCAAGCCAAGGCCAGGACCAAAAGAAGAAGAAGAAUCACCCCCGGAAACCUCUCCAUCGACACCUUCUCAACCUUCCAUCUCACUUCCUCAGACCCACCCCUCCUCCACCAGGCCCACUGGCUUGCAGAAAGUGAGCUCAUCCUCCCUAAAAAGGAGGAAGAGGAUAAGACACCAACACCAGCUCUGGGUGGUGGUGGUGGUGGUGGAGGAGGAGGUGGUGGUGGUGGAGGAGAGGAGAAGUUGGGAAAGGAGGGAGUGCAUCCAAGGAGGUGCACUCACUGCCUGUCACAAAAGACACCACAGUGGCGGGCAGGGCCAUUGGGACCCAAAACCCUCUGCAAUGCAUGUGGUGUGAGAUUCAAGUCAGGGAGACUGCUCCCCGAGUACAGGCCAGCAAAGAGCCCUACUUUUGUGAGCUACAAGCACUCCAACUCACACAAGAAGGUGAUGAUGAUGAGGACGGCUUUACUGUCUUCCAAUCCCAAUUGAGGUUAUCAUUGGUUUUUACAUGGUGGGAAAAGAAAAGGAUUGGUGGUCAUAUGCCAACUUAUAUUGUAAAUCUUUAUGUUUUGCUCUCUGAAACCCCUCCUUUUUGUUAAGCCUAUAUAUAUGAUGGUUUGAGUGUAGCCAUCACUGUCCUUUGAGCAUAUUGUGUCAAUGUUGCAAGCUACUACUCUUUCAAGUUCUCCAGCACGCCUUGUCAUAUUCUAAUCAUGUAAGUUGGAGAAUGUAAUGGAAGUGCUUGGAUAGAUUAA